GCUAAGUGCUUAGCAACUGGAAGCCCGGAUAUCGCUUGCCAAAAUGGAACCCGUUACCUGUCUAUUUGUGGUCCGAGGCUUAUCCAUUAGACAAAAAAUGUGAUUAAAUUCAUCGAAUAUACUUAACAGAGAGACUGUCCUGUCCUGUACAAAGAUAUACCAUUUCAUUACCGUGGAGUACGAACAACAUUUGUAGACGUCAAAAAUGGCACUAGAACGAGCAAAAAUGAUGGAAACACCUUUUCAGAGCUGCAGCAAAAGUAAAGGCCUUCCUGGCCUUCCUCCAUUGCCAGCUUUGGCAGCAAAUGAUCCAUCAGACCUUUACCAGAUUGUUCUCCGAAACAGUGAGCAUCCUCCUAUUAUGAAAGGUACAUCAUGGACAUUGGCCUCACCAUUCAAGGAACAAAAGUACCAUCGAUCACCAAGUGAAUCUAUAGCCAACAAUUAUACUCCAUCUGCAAGUGAUCUGAAACUUAAAGACUUACCAAAGCUUACACGAGCAAGGACAAAAGCUAAAAGGCUGCCUUGUGUCAACAAGAGGGUUGAUGGUUUGAUCAAAAGUCCUUGCAAGCCUGAAAGUCUGCAAAGGUGCAAAACAACUUUAGACAGGGGAAUCAAUGGACUUAGCAGUGAAGACAAAGGCUUCAAGGCACUUGUACUACUUCCAAUACAAGAAGUUACCAAUAUGCCCCCAAGCCGUCCACUCACACCCACAGAACAGAUUGACAUCAUGCUAGCAAUAGAGAGUGAAGAUAUGUGUGAAGCAGGUGUCUCAUCAGAAAGAGACGAAGAGCGGUACUAUUACUACAUCCAGAAAGGAGUACAUAAAGAUAUGCUGGCAGGGCAGCCUCCUGAACAGUUGCAGGCAAUCCAGCGCUUAGUUCCAGAGAAAUAUCUGACCAGUUCUUUCCUCUCUGGCCUGCGGGAUAAGCUGCUGGAAGAAAUUGAUCAAGCCUAUGACUUCAGUGCUCGCAAGGCAAUAGUUGACUACGUGUUGCAAGACCCAGCAGAGAGGGAUCGACUCUUUAUCAAGUGGAUUCCAAAGCCAUUCCCACAAAGGGUGAUUCGUGCCCCUGUGCCAUGGCACGACACAUGCAAGGAAAUGAAGACAUACAACCAGUCUCACCUUUUCAUCACCAACCCUAUCAUGCUGAAGUUGCAGCAUGUCUGGUUUAGCCAGUUUAGUCACCUGCGUUUUGUCAACCUCAGUAAGCUGUUAGCAGCUGACUUGCCUCUCCUUCCUCAAGAGUUUGAAUCACAGGUGAAGAAUCAGUGCUGGGAGGCACAUGAGCAUCUCAGGAAAAGCUGGAUACCUGUUUGUGCCAAGCUGUUCAUUGACCAUCAGGAAUACUGGCAUCAUCUAGUGCCUCCAAAUGAGGGAGACUCUACAGAACUUGUGCAAGAGUUCUUCUCGAGUGUAGCAGCACUCAUGUCCAUCCAGCUACGUUCCAUGGUUAUCAACUCACUCAUUGACUUCCUGGCAUUUUUUCAAAUCCAUGAGGCUGGCAAUGAUUUUGGUGAGGAGUAUGAUGAACUUCAGUACGUGAUGCCACAAGUGAUGAUCAUCAAACUAAAAGUGGAAGAACCAAAGAUUAUCUUUGAACCUCCCUUCAAGGAGAUUCGAGAUAUCAUUCUGCGGUGUUUUUCAGAAAUUGUUGCCAGUGGUGAUGGACUUACUAGGGUGGAAUGUGAGCUGUUCCCAGACAUGCGAGGCCAGAGGCUUCUUCUGCGUUCUGUUAAGAUUGAAGAGACUCUUGUCACGGAUUAUGUAGACAAGGCUAUGGAAAUUUUCAAACUAAACACUGCUGGACCCACAAAGUAUCUGAAUGUCUACAAGAAAUACUCAGACCUGUUAAACAACAAGGCUGACCAAGAUGUAUCUGCAUUUCUGCGAGAACCACACUCCAUCCAGGCUUUUAAACAGAAAAUUCAAGAAUAUCAACACCUCAAGGAGGAGAUAAUGCUGCUAAGAAUUACCGUCCCACUUAGCAUGUUCUGCCUGGACUGUGUUCACCUCAACAAUGAACUGGCUCUCCGAUCACAGCGUCUAAAGGAACGACUCAUUGUAUAUGAGGUGGAUGAGAACCGGGAUCUCAACCGAUUAAUCUGCAAGAGAUAUGAUGAGAUGGCUGACAAAGUAAGCAGCAUCCCUGAUGCCACUAAGGAGCUUGUUGAAGUGCAAAAUUAUCUGAGACAGUCUCAGGAUGUCACUGUCUACAAGCUGAAAGAUGAAAUUGAUGAAGCAGCUAGCAGGCUGCUCUUCCUUCUGGAUUAUGCCAUCUUUCCAUUUGAAGAUAUAAAGUUAAACAGCACAGUCUUCCACUGGCCAGGACACAUCAGCACAGUGUUUGAGCUGAGCAACAAUCGCAUCCAGAGCAAGCGAGAAAGCCUGGAGGAGGACCUUAGAAAGAGAAUUCUUGCUUUUGAAGACAGGCUUUCUGACUUUAUGAAGGAAGUGGAAUCUUUCAAGAAAAAAGAAUUCAUGAGCAGUGAGGAAAUGAAGUCCAAUGUCGAGGCUCUUGCUCGACUAACAACAUGCCUGGAGGAGGCCAGAGAUGAGCUGGAGCGACUAAAUGAAGAAGAAACACUGUUUGAGUGGGAGGUAUCUGACUUCCCCCAGCUGCAGCAGAUGUUCACUAUGAAGGAGCCAUAUGAGAAACUGUGGAACACUGCUUGGAACUUUACACAGAAGAAUGAGAUCUGGAUAAAUGGUCCUUUCAAAGACUUGAAUGCAGAAAUAAUUGACCAGGAGGUGUCAGAAAUGUGGCGGACCAUGUACAAGCUAACAAAAAGUUUCACUGAGCAGCCAGGCCCACGACGCAUAGCAGAAAGCAUAAAAUCCAAGAUUGACAAGUUCAAAAAUCACCUGCCCAUUUUGCACACUAUCUGCAAUCCUGGCAUACGUGAUAGACAUUGGGAUGCUAUGAGUGACAUCGUUGGAUUUGAUAUCAGACCACAAGAGGACACAUCCUUACACACAAUGCUGGAAUAUGGCUUAAACAAACAUCUCAACAAGCUGGAGGAGAUUGGAGCAGCAGCUGCUAAAGAGUACUCCCUGGAGAAGGCUUUGGAGAAGAUGAAGUCAGACUGGAAGGACUUGAAUUUUGAGAUGAUCCCAUAUAGAGACACUGGUGUAGCCAUCUUGUCAUCUAUUGAUGACAUUCAGCUCCAGCUGGAUGACCACAUUGUGAAAGCGCAGACUAUGCGCGGCUCACCUUUUAUCAAGCCUUUUGAAGUAGAAAUGAAGGAGUGGGAAGAGAAACUUGUCCUUAUGCAGGACAUUCUGGAUGAGUGGCUUAAGUGCCAAGCAACCUGGUUGUAUCUGGAACCCAUCUUCAGUUCUGAAGAUAUCAUGGCUCAGAUGCCAGAGGAAGGUCGAAAGUUUGGCAUAGUGGACUCUUAUUGGCGUGAUAUCAUGACUGAAGCCAUGAAGGACAGAAAUUGCCUGGUGGCUACCAGCCAGAAUAACAUGUUGGGGCGACUGAAAGAAGCCAAUGUUCUGCUGGAAGAGAUUCAGAAGGGCCUGAAUGCAUACCUAGAAAAGAAGCGACUAUACUUUCCCAGGUUUUUUUUCUUGUCCAAUGAUGAGCUGCUAGAGAUUCUGUCAGAGACCAAGGACCCGCUUCGUGUGCAGCCCCACCUGAAAAAGUGCUUUGAGGGCAUUCACAAGCUGGAAUUUACUGACCAGCAGGAGAUUGUUGGCAUGAUCUCUGCUGAGAAAGAGACUGUUCCUUUUAUUACCAAAAUAUUUCCAGCAAAGGCUAAGGGUAUGGUGGAGAAGUGGCUGCUGCAAGUAGAAGAUACGAUGAUCAGCAGUGUGCGUAAGGUAGUGCUGGACUCCAUACAAGCUUACCGUGACUCCCCACGCAAACGUUGGGUCAUUGAAUGGCCUGGCCAGGUGACCCUUUGUGUCUCUUCCAUCUUUUGGACUUUUGAAGUAACACAGGCCAUGUCUGAACCAGAUGGCAUGCAGCUGUAUCUGGAGAAGAGUAACAAGCAGAUUGAAGAGAUUGUGGAACUGGUACGAGGAAAACUGGAGUCAGGAGCCCGCAUUACUCUGGGUGCAUUGACUGUCAUUGAUGUACAUGCUCGUGAUGUGGUGGCUGACAUGACGAAGAAUAAUGUCACCAGUCCCCUUGAUUUCACUUGGUUGUCACAACUGCGUUAUUACUGGGAGGAGGACGUCAUUGUGCGAAUGAUCACUACGGAUAUCAAGUAUGGGUAUGAGUACCUGGGCAACACACCUCGCCUCGUUAUCACUCCCCUCACUGACAGGUGUUACAGAACGCUGAUGGGAGCUUUGAAACUUAACCUUGGAGGUGCUCCUGAAGGUCCUGCAGGUACUGGCAAGACUGAGACCUGCAAAGAUCUAGCUAAAGCAGUAGCCAAACAGUGUGUGGUUUUCAACUGCUCAGAUGGCCUUGAUUUCAAGGCCAUGGGAAAGUUUUUCAAGGGGCUGGCACAGGCAGGGGCGUGGGCUUGCUUUGAUGAAUUCAACCGCAUUGAACUGGAAGUGCUGUCUGUAGUAGCCCAGCAGAUCCAGUCCAUUCAGAUGGCUAUUGCUGCACACCUCAAGCGCUUUAUAUUUGAAGGUACAGAGCUGUCUUUAGACCCCACCUGCACUAUCUUCAUCACCAUGAACCCAGGCUAUGCUGGCCGUCAGGAAUUGCCUGACAAUCUUAAGGUUCUGUUCAGAACAGUAGCCAUGAUGGUGCCAGACUAUGCUAUGAUUGGAGAGAUUGUGCUGUACUCGAUGGGUUUUGUCAAUGCCAGAAGCCUGGCCAACAAGAUCGUAGCAACAUACACACUGUGCUCGGAGCAGCUGUCCUCUCAGCACCACUACGAUUAUGGCAUGAGAGCUGUCAAGUCUGUACUUACAGCAGCUGGCAAUCUCAAGCUCAAGUACAUGGACACUGAUGAAGCUGUCUUGUUACUGAAGGCUAUCAAUGAUGUGAACCUGCCAAAAUUUCUAUCACAAGAUGUUCCCUUGUUUGAGGGUAUAAUUGCUGACUUGUUCCCUGGGGUUGAACUGCCAAAACCUGACUAUGGUGUCUUCAUGGAGGCACUGAAAGACAACAUUUCCAAGAGGAAACUGCAGGCUGUUCCUUGGUUCCUAGAAAAAAUUGUUCAAGUGUAUGAAAUGAUUCUUGUCCGUCAUGGUCUGAUGAUUGUUGGGGAGCCACUUGGUGGAAAGACCAUGAGUUAUCAGGUGCUGGCUGAUGGACUGGGAGAUCUUCAUGUGUCUGGACUGUUUGAAGAAUUUCGCACUGUCUACCGCAUCAUCAACCCCAAGUCCAUCACCAUGGGACAGUUAUAUGGCUGCUUUGACCCAGUCUCUCAUGAGUGGACAGAUGGUGUUCUAGCAAACACUUUCAGAGAGUAUGCUAGCAAUCCAAAUGAUGACAGAAAGUGGAUCUUGUUUGAUGGGCCAGUGGAUGCUGUCUGGAUUGAAAACAUGAACACUGUUCUGGAUGACAAUAAGAAGCUCUGUCUAAUGAGUGGUGAGAUCAUCCAGAUGAGCAACAAAAUGAAUCUGAUUUUUGAACCAGCUGAUUUGGAACAGGCUUCUCCAGCCACUGUUUCCCGCUGUGGCAUGAUAUAUCUGGAGCCCCACCAACUGGGCUGGAAGCCUCUGAUGCAUUCAUACAUGCAGUACACAUUGCCUGAGAGUCUUGGCCAAGAAAACAGGGAGCUAGUGACAGACUUGUUUGAGUGGCUGGUACAGCCAUCUCUAGACUUUGUUCGUCGCAACUGCCAGACCUUUAUCACCACCUCUGACAUGCAUAUGGUGCUCACUCUCAUGAGGCUCUACUCAGCUCUAAUGGAUGAAAUCAUUGAGACUGUCAAUACUGUUCCUGUGGAGGGAGAGGAACCCAAGCAAGGACAGCUGACACCACAGCAGGUUACACUGUGGCUGCAAGGACUGUUUCUCUUUUCUCUGGUUUGGACAAUUGGUGGCACUGUAAGUGGGGAAAGCAAAAAAAAGUUUGAUGUCUUCUUCCGCACCCUGAUCAGCGGCACUGACAAUGACCACCCAAAGCCCAAAAGCAUCAAGAUAACCAAGAGCAACUCAUUCCCUGAGAGGGACAGCGUCUUUGACUUCUGCUUCCAAAAAAAGAGCAGUGGAAACUGGGUUACUUGGCUUGAGAGCCUUCAGCACAGUAAGCAGGCAGCUGCAGUUUCUGGAGUAAAGCUUAGUGACAUCAUCAUUGAGACCAAUGAGACAGCUCGGCAAGAAUUCUUUCUACAUCUUUUUCUGACUCAUGAGAUCCCUGUUCUCUUUGUGGGUCCUACUGGUACUGGCAAGUCUGCCAUCACAAACAACUACCUUCUCAGUUUACCCAAGGAUGUGUACAUACCCAACUGCAUUAACUUUUCAGCCAGAACAUCAGCCAACCAAACCCAAGACAUCAUCAUGUCCAAGCUUGACAGGCGACGGAAGGGUGUUUUUGGGCCUCCCAUGAACAAGAAAUCAGUGGUUUUCGUUGAUGACCUGAGCAUGCCAGCUAAGGAGAAGUAUGGGGCACAGCCUCCUAUUGAGCUACUGCGUCAAUGGAUUGACCACAAACAUUGGUACGACAAAAAGGACACUUCCAAGAUCUUCCUAGUGGAUGUGCUGUUUGUGUCAGCCAUGGGACCUCCUGGUGGUGGACGCAAUGACAUUUCAAGCCGAAUGACUCGCCACAUGAACAUAGUAACCAUUGAUGAGUUUGACGACCCCACUAUGAUUCGUAUUUUCACUUCCAUCACAGACUUGCAUUUUGGAAAAGGCUUUGAAGCCAGCUUUGUCAGAAAUGGAAAACUGUUGGUGAGUGCCACAAUGGAUGUGUAUAAGGAAUCCAUAGCCAAAUUUUUGCCCACACCAACAAAAUCACACUAUGUCUUCAAUCUGCGUGAUUUUUCGCGUGUCAUUCGUGGAGUGUUGUUGGUACCUGCUACCAACAUGGUAGAGACAGAGAAGCUGAUUCGAUUGUGGGUUCAUGAAGUGUACAGAGUCUUCUAUGACAGACUUAUCGAUGAGGAGGACAGAGUGACAUUCUUCAGUAUUGUACGUGAACAGUGCCAAGCUCACUUCAAGCAAAGUAUUGACAAGGUGCUGGGGCACUUGUCAAAGUCAGGGAAAGUGGUGGACGAUGAUGUGCGAAGCCUGUUCUUUGGGGAUUACAUAAAUUCUGAGAACAAGGUUUAUGAUGAAAUUACUGACUUCAAGGAGCUGACCAGUGUCAUGGAACAUUAUUUGGAAGAGUACAACACAGUAAGCAAAGCACCCAUGUCACUUGUCAUGUUCAAAUUUGCCAUCGAACACAUCUCUAGAGUGUCACGAGUGCUGCUACAAGACAAUGGUCAUGCCCUCCUUGUUGGUAUUGGAGGUUCUGGUCGCCAGAGUGCUGCUAAGCUGGCAGCUUUCAUGGCCGAUUAUGAACUGUUUAUGAUUGAGAUCACCCGCAACUACACAACUACAGAGUGGCGUGAAGAUCUGAAAAAACUCCUGAAGAAAACUGGUGUUGAGGGUAAGCAGACAGUUUUCCUCUUUUCUGACAAUCAGAUCAAGGAUGAAUCCUUUAUGGAGGACAUCAGUAUGAUUCUCAACACAGGUGAUGUGCCCAACAUUUUUCCUUCUGACGAGAAAGCCGACAUCAUUGAAAAGAUGCAGACUGUUGCUCGGAAUGCUGGACGAAAGAUGGAGGCAACCCCAUUAUCAAUGUACAACUACUUUAUUGAACGUGUAAAGUCAAAUUUGCAUGUUGUGCUUGCCAUGAGCCCAAUUGGAGAUGCUUUCCGCAAUCGUUUGCGCAUGUUCCCUUCCUUAAUCAACUGCUGCACUAUAGACUGGUUCCAGGCAUGGCCAGAAGAUGCCCUGGAGAUGGUGGCAAACAAGUUCCUAGAAGAACUGGACAUGGAGGACUCUGUCAGGCUUGCUUGUGUUGGCAUGUGCAAACAUUUCCAUGAAUCUGUUCGCAUGCUUUCCAUGAGGUUUUUUGAUACCCUUCGGCGACAUAAUUAUGUGACUCCCACUUCCUACCUUGAGCUGAUCCUCACCUUCAAGAACCUGCUGAAUGUAAAGCGUAAUGACAUAAUGAUGAUGAAGAAUAGAUAUGUCAAAGGCCUGGAGAAACUGGAGUUUGCAGCAUCUCAAGUGUCAGUCAUGCAGCAAGAGCUGACAGACCUACAGCCAGAGCUGAUUAAAACAUCAGCAGACACUGAAAAACUUAUGAUUAAGAUUGAACAGGACACUGUGGAGGUAGAGGCCAAAAAGGAGGUGGUGGCUGCAGAUGAGGCUGUAGCCAAUGAAGCUGCAGCAGCUGCUCAGGCUAUCAAAGAUGAAUGUGAGAGUGACCUAGCAGAAGCCAUUCCUGCCCUGGAAGCUGCGAUCUCUGCCUUGAAUACCCUUAAACCUGCUGACAUCACUGUGGUCAAGUCUAUGAAGAAUCCCCCAAACAUAGUAAAGCUGGUGAUGGAGUCUGUGUGUGUCAUGCUCAACAUCAAGUCUGAGCGCAAGCCAGAUCCUGGAGGCUCAGGAAAGAUGAUUGAGGACUACUGGGGACCAUCUCAGAAGCUUCUUGGUGACAUGAAGUUUCUUGAAAAACUAAAGACAUAUGACAAAGACAACAUUCCUCCAGCAGUCAUGAAGCGCAUCCGUGAAAAAUAUAUGACCAAUCCUGAAUUUGAUCCAACACUGGUGAAGAAUGCCUCAACAGCCUGUGAGGGUCUGUGUCGUUGGGUGAGAGCUAUGGAUGUUUAUGAUCGAGUGGCAAAGGUGGUGGCACCCAAAAAGAUUAAGCUGGCUGAGGCUGAGUCAGAACUUGCAGUGCAGAUGGUGAAGCUCAAUGAGAAGCGAGCUCAACUUCAGGCAGUUACAGACAAACUGCAAGCUCUAAAUGAUGAGUUUGAAGUUAUGACUCAGAAGAAGAAGGACCUGGAAGACAACAUAGACUUGUGCUCAAAGAAACUUGAUCGUGCUGAAAAGCUUAUUGGUGGACUUGGGGGAGAGAAGGACCGCUGGACAGAGGCAGCUCGACUGCUGGGUGAAAAAUAUAUCAACAUCUUAGGAGAUGUACUUUUAUCUGCUGGAGUUGUUGCCUACCUUGGGGCAUUCACUGUGGACUUCAGACAGACUGUCAUUAAGGAAUGGCAUGACUUGUGCCAGAAGAAGACAAUUCCUUGUUCCAAACACUUCACCCUCAAUGCCACACUGGGUGAGCCAGUAGCUAUCCGUGCUUGGAACAUUGCUGGCUUACCUAUUGAUGCCUUCAGUGUGGACAAUGGCAUCAUAGUCAGCAAGUCACGGCGCUGGCCUCUCAUGAUUGAUCCUCAAGGUCAGGCAAACAAGUGGAUAAAAAACUUGGAGAAGGAGAACAAAUUAAGCAUCAUUAAGCUGUCUGAUGCUAACUACAUGCGUGUGCUUGAGAACUCAAUCCAGUUUGGUACACCAGUUCUGCUGGAAAAUGUUGGAGAAGAGCUUGAUCCCAUUCUGGAACCCAUCCUGCAGAAGCUGACCUUCAAACAGCAGGGUGUGGAGUACAUCCGUCUGGGUGACAAUGUCAUUGAGUACUCCCAGGAUUUCAAACUGUACAUCACCACUCGUCUGCGUAAUCCACAUUAUCUACCUGAAGUAUCUGUGAAGGUGUGCCUGCUGAAUUUUAUGAUCACACCCCAAGGACUGGAAGAUCAGCUCUUGGGCAUUGUGGCCGCUAAGGAGAAGCCAGAGCUGGAAGAGAAGAAGAACCAACUCAUCAUUGAGAGUGCACAGAAUCAAAAACAGCUCAAGGAGAUAGAGGACAAAAUUCUGGAAGUCCUGUCAUCAUCACAAGGUAACAUCUUGGAGGAUGAAGCAGCCAUCAAAAUCCUUUCAUCAUCCAAAGUUCUGUCUGAGGAGAUCUCAGCCAAGCAGAAAAUUGCUGCAUCCACAGAGAAGGAAAUUGAUGAGACUCGCAACAGCUACAAACCUGUUGCUGUACACUCAUCCAUCCUCUUUUUCUGUAUUUCUGACCUGGCCAACAUCGAGCCCAUGUACCAGUAUUCUCUCACCUGGUUUAUCAACCUCUACCUGCAGUCAAUUAUCAACAGUACACCAUCUGAUGUCAUUGAAGACCGAAUUGUGAACUUAAAUGAUCACUUCACCAACAGCAUUUAUCGGAAUGUUUGCCGUUCUCUGUUUGAGAAGGACAAACUGCUCUUCUCAUUUCUCCUAUGUAUUGGUAUUUUGAAGGGAGGGGGGAGGAUAGACGAAGAUGUAUGGCGCUUCCUUCUCACAGGAGGAGUGGCACUUGAAAACCCCCAUCCUAACCCUGCCCCAGAAUGGCUUGGAGAAAAAUCAUGGGGAGAGAUCGUUCGUGCUUCCAACCUUCCCAAUCUAAAAGGAUACAUGGAGCAUGUGAAACAGCAUAUUGUUGUUUGGAAACUGUUCUAUGACUCUUCUUCUCCCCAUACUUAUAAACUGCCCAGUCCUUUUGAUGCUGUGGGUGGUCUUGAUCGCAUGGUCAUCCUUCGUACACUGCGCCCAGACAAGAUGGUUCCUGCAGUGCAGGACUACAUUGUUGACAAUCUGGGACAGUCAUACAUUGAGCCUCCAACCUUUGACCUUGCUGGGUCAUUUGCAGACUCAAACUGCUGUGCGCCUUUAAUCUUUGUCCUCUCCCCUGGUGCUGAUCCCAUGGCAGCUUUGCUGAAGUUUGGAGCUGAUCUUGGCUAUGCUGGCAACAGGAUUCAGACUAUUUCACUUGGACAAGGACAGGGUCCUAUUGCAGCCAAAAUGAUUGAUGCUGGCAUCAGUGAUGGCUCCUGGGUAGUCCUCCAGAACUGCCACUUGGCAACAAGUUGGAUGCCAAAGCUGGAAAAGAUUUGUGAGGAGGUCAUUGUUCCUGAGUCAACAAGCAAUGAAUUCCGCCUCUGGCUGACCAGCUACCCUUCAGAAGAGUUUCCUGUCUCCAUUUUGCAAAAUGGUGUAAAGAUGACUAAUGAACCACCCAAAGGACUGCGUGCCAACCUCUUAAGGUCUUUCCUUAAUGAUCCAAUCUCUGACACAAACUUCUUCAAUGGCUGCAACAAGCCAGGUAAAUGGCACAAAAUGCUGUUUGGCCUAUGUUUUUUCCAUGCCAUGGUCCAAGAGCGUCGCAAAUUUGGGCCUCUGGGCUGGAACAUCCCAUAUGAGUUUAAUGAGUCAGACCUGCGCAUCAGUAUGAGACAGAUGCUGAUGUUCUUGAAUGACUAUGAGGAGCUGCCCCUCCCUGCCUUGACCUACUUAACAGGAGAGUGCAAUUAUGGUGGCCGUGUCACAGAUGAUAAGGAUCGCAGGCUACUCAUCUCACUAUUGUCAAUCUUCUACAAUGAGAGCAUUGUCUUUGAUGAUAAUUUCAAGUUCUCUCCAAGUGGUUUAUACUAUGCUCCAGCAGAGGGCCCAUACCAGAGUUAUAUUGAUUACAUAAGAACUCUGCCAAUAAAUCCUAAUCCAGAGGUAUUCGGGCUUCAUGAAAAUGCAGACAUCACUAAAGACAACAAAGAGACACAACAGCUGUUUGACAGCAUCUUAUUGACACUACCAAGACAGUCAGGAGGUAAAGGUAAAUCUUCAGGCCAGGUUAUCCAAGAGUUGGCAGCUGAUAUCCUUGGAAAACUACCAAAGGACUUUGAUAUCGAGUUUGUUAUGAAGAAAUACCCAGUGCUGUACAAUGACUCUAUGAACACUGUGCUGAGACAAGAGCUCAUCCGCUUCAACCGCUUGACCAAAGUUGUGCGAAGCUCACUUCAGAAUCUCCAGAAGGCCAUUAAAGGUCUGGUAGUCAUGUCUUCAGAGUUAGAGGAAGUCUUCAACAGCAUGUUAGUGGGCAAGGUUCCUGCUGUUUGGGCAGCCAAGUCUUAUCCAUCUCUGAAACCUAUGGGGUCUUACAUAACAGACUUGCUUCAAAGACUGAAGUUUUUCCAGGACUGGAUUGACAAGGGUGCCCCCAAAACUUUCUGGCUAUCUGGGUUUUACUUUACUCAGUCUUUCUUGACUGGUGUGUCACAGAACUUUGCUCGAAAAUACCACAUUCCCAUUGAUUUGGUUGGUUUUGAGUUUGAGGUGAUGAAGGAGGAAAAAGACAUGCCACAAAAGCCGAAUGAUGGUGCAUUUGUAUUUGGUCUGUUUCUUGAAGGGGCUCGCUGGGACAGAGAGCGGAUGAGAAUUGGAGAAUCUCUUCCCAAAAUCCUCUUCGAUCAGCUGCCUGUUAUCUGGCUAAAGCCAAACCAGGUGAGCAAGUUCACAGAAGUACCCAGCUACAGAUGUCCAGUGUACAAAACUUCAGCAAGGCGAGGUGUUCUCUCAACCACUGGACAUUCCACUAACUUUGUUCUUUUCAUCAAACUGCUGACAGACAAACCCCAGAUGCACUGGAUCAAUCGUGGUGUUGCGGCUUUGUGUCAGCUAGAUGACUAAGCAGUUAACAAACUUGACCAGAGACAGAAUUCCAUCAUCAUAAAGACAUUUUUGUCUUCUGUUUCAUAGUUUCAGUAUCUUUUAUGACCAGUCCAGACUUGGGUAAAACACUACCGUCCACCCUAACUUGGUUAUAAUGUCUUUCAUUUGAAAUUUAUGCUCAUUUCUUGAAAACCUAUAUAUUUAAAUGUUUUGGCAAUUUCCAAGCCACAUAUGACGUGCUCUUACUUAGCUGUGAUAUAUUGUCACUGAAUAUGUUUUUUAGUAAAGGGACAAAUAGCUUUGGCUCCUUGAUCUGUGAAAUGGUGCAUAACUGUUAUACAAAGAUUUUUCAUCUAAAACGUCUCCAGACUGGAACUUUUGCUCACAUAAUAGAUUUAUUGCUGAUCAGCUCAGUUCAUGCUGUAUUUUAUCUUAGUCUUUUGUUCAUUCCUUGUUAGAAUCUCAAAGCUGCAAGGACCAAACAAAGUUUGGAAGAAGGAAGAUUAAACCUUCACGCUUAAGGAAAAAAGUAGCACUUACUGAAACUUUCAUCACGUUUGCUGAUUCUUAAAACCCUAAGGGUCCAGAAAAUGCCUUAAUUUUUCUUUGUGUGUGUGUCAAAUAUUUGAUUUUUGUAGUUUACCUGACCAGAGUAAGGUGUCUUAUUUAACUCACUCAUGACUUAAAUUUUAAUGUUUCUGUAUGAUUUAUUAGAGUUCAUUUAACAAAUGACUUCUCACAUUGUUUGGGCGAUAUUAAAUGUAUUGAUUUAAUUAAAUGUAAAAAUGUGGAAAGCCAGCCAUAAGUGUCAAUAUAUUUCCACAUAUGAAUUAAAUUCACAGACGUUAAAAUCAGAUGAAUAACAUCCACUUACAAUUACCAACUGUAAUUCUGCUCAAAAAUUGCCUUCUUUUUUUUUUAAAAAAGAGAAAAAUUGAACACAUAUUUGCAAACCAUUAAACAAAUUUUUGUUCGUCUUUAGGUAACAGUGAAACUGAUUUGGUGAUUGUCAAUAUCAGUGACAGGAAAUACUCUGAUGUUUAAACUAGAUGCAGUGUAAAGUUCUAUGUUUGAGAACUGUGUAGCACAGGAAAACUUUGCAAAGGUGAUUUGACUCUUGUGUCUGCCAUGAAGAAGAGAGAGUAAAGGUAGCAACAUACUAUCUCAUUGUGGCAUCGUGGAAGAUCGAAGUGUAAUUUUAUUUUAAUAUUUAGCUUAGUAAUGUCAAUCAGGGUGAUAUCACACUUUACUUACUACUUCAGAUUGGGAAAUUAAUUUGCACAUUGUUGAUUUGAAAUAAAAAUCUAAUAAUAUGCAGAUUCAUGUAGAUAUACUGCAGAUACCAAUCCUGUGCAAGUUCCUCAAUGGGAAAAUAAUUUGCUAAGGAGGUAAAUAUUUUUUAUUUUGUGGUUGGAUAUUUUGUUGUCGCAUUUAUGUAUAUGGAUUAAUUUAAAACAUUGUACAUAUGUACAUUAAAAUAUUAAAAUACUUUUGACUUCUUGUAUGUUUUUAAAUGUCUAAGAGACAGAAGGAAAUACUUAUACAAACUGCUGUCAUUUUAUGUUUAAAUACCUAGGAAGAGACAGAAGAAAAGAAAAUACUUAUUUUGAUAACUGCUGCCACUUGAAGGACUGGCAUGCAGCAUCUGAUGUGUUUUUCUUUGUGCAUGAUUUUCACACUGAUGAAACAAAAUGAUUUCUGUGUACACCUUUAUUUACUGCCUGCUGGUAAAUAAAACAAGGUUCGUGUGACUCGAUGUAGUAGAUAAGAGUUUGACAUAACGAACACUUAAUGCAACAUAUUUAUAAGUUUGUAAAGUAUAAUUAUCACAUAUUGUUUGUAAAUAUUCAUACUAUGCAUUAUAAAAAAAUGAAGACUGGUAGGACUGUGAUUUUUGUGUGUGUUGCAUAACUAUUGACAGUUAUUAAAAUGAAUUCUAUCAUA